AUGCACAAACCGGCUUUCCUACACAUAGGUUCACUCAGCUUGAACUCGGGCACCAGUGUGCGCUGGUUAAGGCCGUGUGCGAAAACUCACGCGAGCUGUUGCCGAGUGCUUGUGACGCAGAACCCAGCGUUCCGUGUGGCGCGCACCGGGACGAGCAGCUCUCACCACUGCAGGCUACGGACUACGAAAUCGAGACUUUUCAUGGCUUCUGGGCAGGUAGGUAUCUUUACGCCGGUCGUCAUUGUUGCGCGGGCAAUUCUAGGGAAACAACGCUUCGAGAAAAUUCGAGGUAGGGGCAUUGCGCUCCACUCGCAGGCUAUCACGAACUUUUGUAAGUUUGCAGGUGUCGACAAUAAAGUUCGCCAAGGUCUCAUUCGCAUGGCGAAAGCGAAUGGUAGCAAACUGGGUUUCCUGUCAUGA